UGCGGGAAGCGCUGAAAUUAAGGGUAUCAGGGAGCCGAAAAUAAGGUAAGCACUUUGAAUACUAGAGCCAACCUAGGCAAGUUCCGUGAUGUUGACCUCUGACAGUUCACCCAGCUCUUUCGGCACAACGUCGAUAAGGUUGCGCCACACCUGCAUGCGCAUAGGUAUUUAUUACGGCGCCCCCCUGCCAAUUUUAUCCAUCUCGUCACCUACGAAUCUCCAACAAGACCGCAACACCCAUCACCUUUUAUCGCGCCCCCUCCCAAUAUCCAUGGGCCACAUGGACCACUUUAGCUGUCGGCCAGAUGGCGACCAAAAAUAUAACCUCGAGAUGUUUAUGGUGUCGCCGCUCAGUGACUUGGACAGAUUCUCACCAAUAACACCACAAAAUGUCCCUUGGUAUGUCAAGCUCUCGUUCGACUUUGUCGACGGGCCGGGAUAUAUGCGAAAGGGGUUAUGGUGGACCACACGAAAUUUGGUCCAUGAGCAAUCUUCGUUUAGAUGUGGCCCCAAAGAAGGGCAUUACCAGUUCACUCGGCUUUGGCGCAUUCGCGAGUUUCCCAACAAACCUGCCGCAAAGUCCACACUAUCAAGCUUUCGCCUACAGACAUUGACGAGGCAGCAUAUCUUCGCCGCUAUGACUGAAAACCCUUCCGGCGAUAUUUAUCAGAUGCUCGAUCGUAACCUUCCCGGUUAUUGCGUUAACUGCAUAUACGACGACGACCCGACGAUCCCGUGGUGGAUCUGGAGUCGCAUGCUGAUGCGGAAAAGGGCUGGGAUGCUUAUCGGCUUGGUCGUUAUCUUCGCCAUGUUCAACACUUAUGUUUGCCCAGUUAUUUGAUAUGGAGGGGGGAAGGGUAACAUUUAGGCGU